AUAUUAGAUGCCUUCUCUGGGGUAGGAGGUAGAGCCACGCCGCCCAGCCCAGACUCACGUAGCCUAUUUCUCCCGCGCGGCGUCGUGCUGAUGAGGAUCUUCUUCAAAUAUUAAAGCAAACUUCUAGCUCAGAAUCCAUCCACCAUCCACCCCGAAAACACACACACAAUGGCCCAGUUCAACAAAGGACCCGCGUACGGAUUGUCGGCUGAAGUUAGGAGCAAGAUCGCUCAGAAGUAUGACAUGCAGAAGGAGGAGGAACUGCGCUACUGGAUCGAGGAGGUCACCGGCAUGCCCAUCGGAGAGAACUUUCAGAUGGGGCUGAAGGACGGCGUCAUCCUUUGCGAGUUGAUCAACAAACUUCAGCCUGGCUCUGUAAGGAAAAUCAACAACUCCAAGCUCAACUGGCAUAAGCUUGAGAACCUGGGCAACUUUAUCAAAGCCAUUCUUGCAUAUGGCCUGAAGCCGAAUGACAUAUUUGAGGCCAAUGACCUGUUUGAGAAUGGGAACAUGACACAGGUCCAGACAACGCUGCUCGCCCUGGCUAGCAUGGCAAAGACCAAAGGUUUGGACACCAAGGUUGAUAUCGGCGUAAAGUAUGCAGACAAGCAGGAACGCAGUUUCAACGACGAGAAGUUAAAGGCUGGAAACUGCGUCAUUGGGUUACAGAUGGGGACGAAUAAAUGUGCCAGUCAGGCUGGAAUGACUGCUUAUGGCACCCGAAGACAUCUUUACGAUCCAAAGUCCCAGACCGACAAGCCAUAUGACCAAACUACUAUUAGCCUGCAGAUGGGCACCAAUAAGGGAGCAAGUCAGGCUGGCAUGGUCGCCCCUGGCACCCGACGAGACAUCUUUGACCAGAAGGUGGCUCUGCAGCCGAUGGACAACUCCACCAUCUCACUGCAGAUGGGCACCAAUAAAACUGCUUCACAGAAGGGCAUGAGUGCCUAUGGCCUAGGCAGGCAGAUCUACGACCCCAAGUACUGCCCCUCAACCGGAGAGCCCGGAACACACACAAACGGCAGCCAGGGCACAGGCACCACCGGUUCCGAGGUCAGCGACACAGACUACCAGGCUGACUACCAAGCAGAAUACCACCAUGAGUACCAGCCGCAAUAUGAAGAGUACCGUGGCCACUAUGACCAGGGUGUCGAUUAUUAGAUUGCUGAAUUGCAGUGUUCAGAUCAAGAUUCCCCCCACCCCCAUCCUAUAAGAACCAAAGAAAUGUUGGUUCUUAUUUCAACAGAGCAAGAUUUCUUUCCUUGCUGGCCUUAUAAACUGAUGCAGAGGGAUCAAAAUGUUGCCUUAAUUCUUAUUCCUGUGUAGAUUAUCAGUAUUGUUUUUUUUUUCUCUUCUCCUUAAUAACUGAGAAUUAUGUUUGGAACAUUUGGUUCUUCUGUGUUUUUUAUUUUAUUUCUUUUUUAACCCUGUUUUAAGACCAUUUUAACCUGGGUAUUUGUGAAAUGCAAAGUGUCUACCCUCUCCCUCAGAGUCUUUUGAUUUGAUUUAGUAUGAUUUUGGGAUGUUCAUCUCAUUCUGGCUGUUUGUGCUCUUGGACUCUGGGCUCAAGGAUAGUGGGAGGGGCUAGCUCUUCCUGAAAGUUAGUCAGGUUUCCCAUGCCCAGACAGGAAGCCGUCACGUUCGCUAGCGUUCGGCGUUUAAUCACAAAGCCUCUUUUAGAUUUAUAGUCCCUUUAGUUCAUUCGAUCUGAUAGUGGUUUUGUUACUUGUGCCAUAAUUUUGUUUUAAGCAUCCUUUCUUUUUCUUUUGUAUUCUCUCCUUUUGUAUUUAUUGCCACUGUCAUGAUAUGGUCCUGUCAAAAUAAAUUUUAAUGAAUAAAUUUUUACAUACGACUUACA